CUUCAAAACACUGUUCUUUUUUCUUCUUUUCCCUUUUGCAUAUUGUGUCGACGAGUUCUCGAAACUUUUCUGGAGAAGUUGGUGUUUUUCUUUCAUAAAGGGCUGAGCCAAGAACGGUGUCUUCUUCAAUUCGAGCUCAUUUUCAUUUUCUUUCCAUUUGUCGCACCCACUUUCGUUUUUUAAAAAGAACUCAAUUCUGCCUUUGUCGCAGCACUCUACCCAUCCCACUUACGCAACGCAAACUUACAAAUUGAGUGUAACUGAUGCAUUACCCACAUUAUUUCGGUCACAACGACCCGGCUGCAUUUGCAUACUUUCAACAGGAGCUAAUGUCGCCGCGGUUGCAAGAAGCACUUUUGGAAACGGGACAGCAAGCACCGUUUGGGUCUGCCAACGCAGCUACACUCGGUCAAUAUCCCUCUCAACCGACUCGCUACGACCCGACACGUCAGCAUGAGUCUCUUCAACAACAACAGCAGCCACAGCAACACCGUCCUUCGAUUAUGGUGCCACCGCAGUCACCGACACUUGCCAGUUAUUACUUUGAAGGUUCAAAUGGAUGGGUCAAUCAUUAUUAUGAUCCUCGAAGGCGGCAAUAUCUUUCCAGUCGCGUCAACCCUGACUUUCAUCAACGAUACGCGCAGCAACCACGCCAAGUUCAUUCCAACGUGUUACCAUCCCUAGAUUCCUUGAACUAUUCCCAGCAACUUCAGUUGCAGCAGCAACAGCAGCAGCAGCAACAACAUCAAAAGGAACAACUGCAACAUCCUUCAGGACAUCAGCAUCAGCAUCCGCAACAGCAUCAGCAGCAGCAACAGCAGCAGCAUGUUUUAUCCAUCCAGCAACCUUAUUCAUCUUCUCAAACCAUGCUUUCAUCCAACAAUAUUGCAUCCCAUUACAAUAUGCAGUUGCCACCGAGGCAUCCAACUUAUCAGCAAAAUAUUGGCCCAGAUUUUGAUGCUCGGGUUCCGCUACAAUCGUUUUCCAUUCCCAGCGGUCCGGUAUCCAUCCAUAACAAUCCUCUGGUUCAGCAGUCGUUAUCUAACGAUACCAUCCCGGACGUAUAUUUCCCCGCCGUGGUCAAUGCACCGGCAACCACCAAUAUAUCCCAACCUGCCAUGUUCAAUCCAACCCUCGCGUCCAUGGGGAAAAUGGAAUUCACCGAAGAGUUGCGGGAAAGUAUGCUGCAGUACGCUCACACCUUGUAUGCAUCAUCGCCCCAGAAUCCGACUCUCUUAUCCCUUUUACAUUCGAUCCAUGCUGCUUUCCCCACCCAUCUUCCAACCUUACUGUUGCUUGCUUGUGUCUAUUACUCGUAUCAAGAUUAUCAGUCGUCUCUUCGCUACAACCAUCUGAUCCUCAAGUAUGAGCCUGUAUACGUUGAAGCGAUGAGUAAUAUCGGCACGACGUUACGUAGUAUGGGUAGGACGCGUGAAGCGGAGCGAUGGUGGUAUCAGGCUGUGAAGCUCCGACCGGGCUAUUGGGACGCGGUGGAAAACCUUGUAGGCGUACUAUGCUCAAGUACGCCCACGGUGAACAGUAUCGAACAACAUUUAAAAAAUACCACCUUGGAUACAAAACAUGAAAAAACCCAAGAUCACGGGCAACAGCAACCCUCGCCUCGAUACAAAGAAGCAUUAUCCGUGUGCGAAUUUGUGGAACAGUACUACUUUAAAUCGCAGACAGACGCCCUUCUUCACGGUCCUAUUAAAGCGCCCAAGCAACUUCCUACAAAUCAGCUCCCACGACUGCAAAACCUCUUUUACGCAAAAGGUAACCUAAAGUAUGCCUUGUCGGAUAUUGCGGGCGCACGUCGAGAGUACGAGAAGGGAUUAGAAUUGGCAUUUGGCGGCAUCAAUCUGUUGACGGUGAUCAACCAUAUCGCGCUGGCUUGUGGAUCGACUGCGGUCAUGGAAGCCAUGAGGUUUGGACGAACGUUGGAUUCCGCAUCAUUACCUUUGAUCUUGCUGCAACCGGAUCAAGCCGUUCGGAUUCUGCAAAUCACAUUUUCAUCCACGGCGGGUGUAUUACCCGGAUUUGCCGCUAUUUCACAGACCACUGUAGGCAACGAUGGCACAACUGGCAGCAGUGUGUUGCACCAAGCCAACCAGACCACCUCCACCAUCCUGCUGACCUUGGCGAAGCAGUUCCAAGAUAUGAUGAACCCUUCCACCCCAGCCUUGGCCGCUGCGGCGUCCUCUGACAAGAGUUUCAUUCCCACCCUUUCCUUAUUGCUGCCACUGUACUACAUGAGUUUGGCAUUGCAUCCUAGUCCAUCGACGGCCAACAAUCUCGGUAUUAUUAUCAGCAAUAUCUCGGGAGCUGCAGCAGCGACCGCUGUGAAAUUACCGACCAUGGGCCCUCAACAGCAACAACAGCAGCAACCAUUGACGGGCACCAUGCUGGCCAUGCAAUAUUACAUGUACGGUCUUCAGAUCGAUCCUCGACACCCUCACCUCUACACCAACUUGGGAUCACUUCUCAAGGAUAUGGGCCACUUGAACGAAGCCGUGAGUAUGUACGAAAAGGCCGUCGAAUACAAUCCCCGUUUCGACGUGGCGCUGGCGAAUCUCGGCAAUGCUAUCAAGGAUAUGGGUCGUGUCCAGGAUUCAGUGCAGUGGUACCGUCGGGCUGUGGAGGUGAACCCCAACUUUGUGGAUGCCAUCUGUGGCCUUGUGAAUUCACUGGGUGGUGUGUGCGAUUGGCGUGGACGCGGUGGCGUCGGUGACGAGCCUACGGUGGAUCAGUAUGGAAAAUAUUUCCCUAGUACUGGCGACAAACAUGCACGUAGUGGAUGGAUUGGACGUGUCGUGGAUACCGUUGAAAAGCAGUUGGAUGAAGGGUCCGUGUGGGGCGCUGGCAUUCUCAAGCUUCCCGUGGAUGCCAACGGUAUGACGUUUGGCGAAAUUCUCACGGAGCGGAUCAGUAGCCUUGUGCAGCAGGCUUCACCCGAUCAACUGGACGUAUGGCGCCGUCGUCUGAAUCAUUACCACAAAGUUGGCAAUAAGAAAAACGAGGGAGGUUGGAUUAUUCGGCUUCUCGAACGGAUCAUGCGCCGGUUGCAACGCAACUGGUACCUGGAACUAUACGGGGCGGUGUUGCAAAGCAAAGAAUCACAACCGAAAGCAUUUGUCACGGCCGAAGCGAUCCAAAAGUACCAACGUCCUCUCAUACCCAGCAACUUGGCGGCUCCGCCCGUGCCUACCGUGCUACCCUUCCAUACCUUUACUUAUCCCCUUUCAGCUCGCCAGGUGCGAUUAAUUUCUCAUCGUAACGCUCUCCGAAUCUCACAUACCACAUUGACAUCGUCAUGGGUCGCCAGCCACGUCUAUCCUCCUCCCCCUCCGCCUUCGCCUCGAUUGAAGAUUGGUUACAUCUCAUCCGACUUUAACAACCACCCUCUCUCCCAUUUAAUGCAGUCGGUCUUUGGAUUCCACGAUCGCGAACGGUGUGAAGUGUUUUGCUAUGCGACGACCCCGAGUGACAAUACGCCUUACCGGUUAAAGAUCGAACGCGAAGCGGAACAUUUCAUCGAUGUGUCUAGCUGGUCGAAUCAACAGAUUAUUGAAAAAGUAGUGGAAGAAGGGAUCCAUGUGCUUGUGAAUUUGAACGGUUAUACCAAAGGCGCGCGAAAUGAAAUAUUUGCCGCUCGUCCCAGUCCCGUGCAAUGCUCGUUCAUGGGAUUUGCCGGUACCUUGGGAGGAGGAUGGUGUGACUGGAUCAUUGCCGAUGCGAUUGUGUGUCCUCCUGAAAUGACGAGCUGCGAAGUGUGGCGAUCACGACAAUCCAGUGGAACGACGACCACGUUGGCCAACGGUGAUUUUGAAGGCGAUAUUGAUCCCGAAGAAGAUACCGAUGACUUUGUGUAUACCGAAAAGUUCAUCUAUAUGCCUCAUUCGUAUUUCGUCAAUGAUCACAAGCAAGGCUUCCGCGAAACCGAUGCAAACCACUCGAGUCAAAAUCUAUUAAGCUUUGGAUCGUCGACGGUGGAUACUGCGGAUAUCGAUUCGCUGUGGGCGAUUGAAGAAGAGAAACGGUGGAAAAUGCGACGCGAAGUAUUUCCAAACCUGUCAGAUGAUGUUGUCAUCUUUGCCAACUUCAAUCAACUGUACAAGCUGGAACCUUCGACGUUCCGAAUGUGGUUACGCAUCCUUGAACGUGUGCCCAACUCGAUUCUGUGGUUGCUUCGAUUUCCGCCGGCGGGAGAACAACAUUUACGACGAUGUGCGCUUGAUUGGGCGGGACCUCAAGUGGCUCAACGAGUGAUUUUCACAGACGUGGCACCUAAACAUAUCCAUAUCUACCGUGGUCGAGUGGCCGAUCUAUUUCUGGAUACUCCCGAAUGCAAUGCUCACACGACGGCGGCGGAUAUUUUAUGGUCAGGCACACCUAUUGUGACGUAUCCCAAGUAUAUGCACAAGAUGUGUUCGCGGGUUGGCGCUAGCAUUGCACGCGCCACUGGUUACGGAGACGAAAUGAUUGUGAGCAAUGAGAAGGAAUAUGAAGAUCGUGCAGUUUCUCUAGCGCAGGGACUGGUGUACACCUAUGAGACGGUGAUGCCUGGGAAAGUGCAACGGCGUGGUCAAGGCGAUUUGAUGAAUCUCCGAAAACGGUUAUUCUGUACCCGUGAGAAAAGUCGACUCUUUGACACGCAUCGAUGGACACGGAAUCUGGAACACGGUUAUUUCGAAGCAUGGCGAAGAUGGGUCACCGGUGACGAGUUUGAAGACAUGCAAUCCAAGCCAAGUAGCAGUGGAUGUAUUUGGGUCGUCGAUCCGGAUGAUUAAAGAAAACCUCAGCCUUGGGCGCUCAGGAAAUCUACGUUCCCUUCUGUUGUAUGCUUUGAGUAAUCUUCUUUGAGCUUAUGACGCAUUAAUUCCUGUUUUCUUCAUCU